UCUCACACGAACAAAAAUUGUUGGUCUCCAACAGUACAAAAAAGCAACAACAAAGAAAUCAAGCGUUCGUUUAGUUUCACACGGUGAAAACGCGCGCGCGCACACACUCGUCGCCGUCAAUGGAAUCAUUCUCUCAUUUCUCCGUCCUCCUCCUCCUCUUCGACACCUCGGAUGUACAGAACAUUGUUGCACCUGAAGGGAGGGGGGAGGGGGCAAAUAAACAAACAAUGUGUCAGUCUCGCUGCUUCAUUUCCACUUGCUUUUGAUCCCGUUUCACCUAGAGUCAAUUGGGAUUACCUGAUGAGGACUUCCCCGAGAUGACCCGCCAACGCUCCGUCCACGUACUCUUCCGUGUUCGCCAGCUGCCCGCAAACGUGACAAGCUAAGUUGACGCAUUUCUCAGUUGAUGCUUCGCCGCGCUCACCUGCAUGUUCAUGUAGCCGUCCACGGAGACAAGGUAGCCUUUGUACUCCAUGCCCCACUUCAGCUUCACCAUCACCGGCUUGCCCGUCAGUCCGUUCAGGAAGGGCUUGGGGUUCAGCGGUAAACUCUGCAAAACAACAACAACAUGAAAAUAUUACGAAGCCAUGUUGUUGAAAAUGUCGUCCACUUAAAAACAUUUGGUGUUUGGUGUGCAGGCUUUGGGGACAUCCUGUACUCCAAAUACCAAAUACCAGUGGCCAAAGCUAAGGCGAAAUGUCUAACGGCGUUCUAAAUGUAAGUCAUCGAACUAGUCUAUUAAUAAUGUUAGCAUGAGUGGAGGCGAGGCGCUUCAUUCAUUCCAUUGGAACACACGGAGAAGAAGAAGCUAACGCGGCUAAUUGCUAACCGGCUAAAAAAACAAAAACAAAAAAAACAGCAGAUUUUUAGCGCGCGUCGAUGAAGAACUUAACUCCACAAAAGCGAUGCGGACCAAUUCGAUCAAACUCACCAUUUUCGACUUGUUAGAAGUGUAAACGUGUUAGUUAGGAGUUUCCUAGUUAGCUUGUCGUCACAAAAGCGUUGGGACUCACGCUGCCCGCCCAACCGGAAGUAAAAGGUGUUGACCUCCUUGAAGUUGUCGUCGUUACACACUGCCGCCCGUCGGCGGGAGGGCGUCAUUGCAGCAAACUCCUCUUAACCUAAGUGUUAUCAACGCUUUUCACAUUAUUUAACAUCUUGAACAGACAGGCGAGGGCAAACCUUUGUACUCAAGGGCCACAUUUAGAAUUUUAAAUCGGACGGAUUCAUAGAUGAGGUUAAAAAUGUUUUUAAAUGCAUAUCCUUUGCCUAAUGGCAUCGUUGCCGCAGUCGUAUUAGAAUGUUUUUGGUUAAAAAAAAAAAGAGGAUCUUAAAAAAAACAAAAAGAGACCAUUUGCCUGAAUUGAACUUUUGCGUAUUGCCAUGACUUAGAAAAAAAGCAAAUACAUUGGUAUGUUGACCAUGCGCACCGUGCAUACCGCCACCCGCGCUCUACGUUGCAGCAAUUUGACGAACCUCUUCAUUUAAAGCCCAGUGUCACUGAUUAAAAAGUCACCUAAUUGCCCCCAAACAAUUGUCACUUUUGUUGUAGUGCGUGUUUAUAACGCACACUAAGAAAUAUUUGACAUCCGCUCGACCCCGGUGGAGAAAGUGUCAUAAAUGGGUCGUGGUGCGUUUGUGUGUGCGCAGCUCUUUCUCUCUAGGCGCAACAUUAUUAUUAUUUAUUUUUAUUUUUUGAAGGUGUGCCUCCAUUUUACGCAGCCGAGUGUCGCUGAGCCAUCUGGCAAGUUUAAACCUGAUCAUUUCCCGCAUAUUUGGAAUACUUUUGACUUGUUAACAGGCAGCGUUUCCAUCAGCAACCGUGUCACUUACGGCGUGAUGAUGACGAUGACGUGCGUGCCGACGGCUCCGUUUGCGCAAAGUAUUAUCCCGACUUUAGAGAUAAUCGGCAAAAAAAGAAAAAGAUGAUUGACGUCAGUGACAAAAGGCGCAACAGGUGGGAAGGUGGCGUCACCGGACACGGGUCACGGGCGCAAAAUGGAGGUCGCGGUCCCAUCACGCAGCAGACGUGCUGUGUCCGCCGGAGCUCGGCCCAAAUGGGCCUGGACCCAGAUGGAACGAGAGAAAACUCCUUGCCGACGUGUUAUACCAGUAGUGGCCACCAGGGUGCGACAAUCCCCUUUUUCGUAACGCACACUCACUGGACACGUUAUUAGUUACACGCGAUCGAAUGACAUUCGGUGGGGGAAAAUCCCUUUGCAAAGAUAGAAGUGCUUCGUUUUGAUUGACGCAUCGCGCUUGUCGCUUGCACUGCGUAACGUGAUAAUAAUUAGGCGCACCUCGGUAUGGUGUCGCAUAGCAACAAAAUAAACAUACUGCCGAAAGGACUUUGCAAUUUUUGCGGACAGAUGUUAUAUUGCAUUGUGCAGGCGUACCUAAUGAAGUGUCCAAGUCUUUCGCGAAUAGCGAAAAUCUGCGUGUGAUUGGAGCCCACCUAAAUCGGUUUCUAAUUGCCUAUAAGGGCCACAAGAUGGCGACGAAGCACUGAAAUUGAAGCUCCUCAGUUGACUUCAACACAGUUCCUUGGCUACCAGAUGCCACAGGAUGGUGCCGAAGCGCUUCUUUUAUAUUAAACAAGGCUUUGGCUAAUAAAAUGAAAAAAUGUGCAAAUCAGCGAGUGAGCUGCACGGGCAGCCAUUUUGGGGCGGACAGUGUCACAGAAAUGGAAAUGAACAUUCAUUCCACUACCGUGGAUGUGUGAGGAGCUGGAAUGUUCCUUUAAGUGAAGCGCAAGCGCGGAGGAGGAGGAGCUGUGUGUGUGUGUGUGUGUGUGUGUGUGUGUUCCUCAGUUCGACUUGCGGGGCGAAGCGCUGCGCGUGGAAAUGAAAGACUCUGCAGGUCCCGGAGCGGCGGCACACGAGCGGGACUUUCGCUCCUCUCCCUCCUCUUCCUCACGGGACCAUGCUUCCUCGUCUCCUCCUCCUCGGCUGCCGUGCGCCUUCGCCUCACCGGAUCUCAGCUGAGUGACCGAGAGUGGCCGCACCGGAUUGGAACCUGCGCACCUUUUUUUUUUUUUUUUUUUUUUUUUUUUGGGGUGGGAAAUUGCAGAACAUCUCCAACGCCUCUUUGCGGAUCGCGUCGGAGUUGAGACGACAUGCUGCCGCUUCUGCUGCUGAUGAGUGCGGCCGCGUUGUCAGGUGCAGGCGCCCCGUCGGAGGCGUCGCCCCGCGCGGGCGUGGCGCCCCGCUGCGAGAGCCGCGCCUGCAACCCGCGCAUGGGCAACCUGGCUCUGGGCCGCCGCGUCCUGACGCAGAGCGUGUGCGGCAACAACGGCAGCGAGCCCUACUGCGCCUACGCCGAGCCGGGCCCGCCGUGCGGCGCCGCCAAGUGCGCCCGGUGCAACGCCGCCCUGCCGCACCUGUCCCACCUGGCGGGCGCCAUGUCCGACUCGUCCUUCCGCCACCCCGACACCUGGUGGCAGUCGGCCGAGGGCGUCGAGUCGGAGACGGUGCAGCUGGACCUGGAGGCCGAGUUCUACUUCACGCACCUCAUCGCCGUCUUCCGCUCGCCGCGGCCCGCCGCCAUGACGCUGGAGCGCUCGCAGGACUUCGGGCGGACGUGGCACACGCUGCAGUACUACGCCCGCAACUGCAGCGCCGCGUUCGGGGUCCCGGAGGGCAAGGCGGCCGCGUCGGCGCGGCGCGGAGCCGCCUGCACGUCCAAGUACUCGAGGGCGUACCCGUGCACCCGAGGGGAGGUGAUCUACCGCACCCUCCCCAAGUGGGAGUCUCUGGACCCCUUCGGCCCGGAGGGCCAGCGGCAGCUGCGGGUGACCAACGUCCGCAUCCGACUGCUCAAGCGCCAGCCGUGCCCGUGCCAGGCCAAAGACGCCGCCGCGCCGAGCGAGACUCCGCCCACGCGCCACUUCGCCAUCUACGACCUGAUCGUGAAGGGCAGCUGCUUCUGCAACGGGCACGCCGAGCAGUGCGUCCCCGCGCCGGGUUACCAACCCGUCCGGGACCGCACCAACCACGUGGUCCACGGGAAGUGCGUGUGCCGACACAACACGGCCGGGGAGCACUGCGAGCGCUGCGCCGCGCUCUACAACGACCGGCCGUGGCAGCCCGCCGACGGCCUGACGGGGGCGCCGCACGAGUGUCGCAAGUGCAAGUGUAACGGACACGCUCACAGCUGCCAUUUUGAUUGGUCGGCGUGGAGGGACUCGGGCCAGCGCAGCGGCGGCGUAUGCGACUGCCUGCACGACACCGAGGGGCGCCAGUGCCAGAACUGCAAGGCCGGCUUCUACCGGGACCCCCGGCGGCCGCACACGGCCUCCAACUCUUGCAAGCCAUGCAACUGUCACCCUGUGGGUUCCAUGGCCGUGCGCGCGGCCAGCGACGCGCUGUGCGACCCGGCCAACGGCGACUGCAUCUGCAAGCCGGGCGUGGGCGGCGCCCACUGCGACAGGUGCAUGGUGGGAUACUGGGGCUUCCACGAGUACGGCUGCCGGCCGUGCGACUGCGCUGGAGACUGCGACCCCUUCACGGGCGACUGCGUACUCGCCUCGGACUUGUACAACUCGGAGGGAAACUCCAGCGAGUCCGUCAGGAUCUUCAGAGCGGACGAGCUCUUCUCUGCCCUCCACUACUCAGAGAAGUGCGAGUGCAAAGAGCAGCCGCUGACCAACAGUCAUCUGUUCUGCACCAUGAACUACGCGUACGUGUUGAAGGUGAAGGUGCUUUCGGCCCACGACAAGGGCUCGCACGCCGAGGUGGAGGCCAAGGUCCAGAAGGUGCUGAGUCAGAAGGUGAAGCUCCAGCGGGGCCGCGUCACCCUGUACCCCGAGUCGUGGACGGCCCGGGGCUGCACCUGCCCCAUCCUCAACCCGGGUGCGGAGUACCUGGUGGCGGGCCACGCCGACAGGAAGCGGGGCCACCUGCUGGUCAACAUGAAGAGCUUCGUCAAGCCGUGGACGUCCAGCUUGGGACGCAAAGUGCUCACGCUGCUCAAGAAGGACUGCAACUGGUAGACGCGCACACGCGGGUAAGACUUUUGCCCCGCAGACGUCCUCCACGCACGCCUGGAUGAUGAAACGUGGAUUAUUAUUAUGGGGGGUUGUUACCUGGACUGACCUCAGAGGAAAUAAGGUCUCUGCGCACUUUAACCAGCAUGAUGGACUGGACUGGAAUAUGAACGCACAAAGACGCAAUUACACGCACAAAGUACAAUGUGUACAGUGGACACACACACACAAACAGUGAGAGAGAAGAAGCCAUAGAAGCCACUGCAGGUGGUUCAGUCCUCGCCAGUCCAGGUUUGCCGCCUGCGUGGAAAUGGCGGCGUAUCGCUCCCGAACGUGAAUGUAUUUGCCUGAGUGUGCGCCUGCGUACGAAUGAGGAGUUGAAGCACGAGCACAGUCCCAGUCCAGCUCUUUUUCUUCUCGUUGCCACUCGUCCUUCCUUCCUCCCCUUCUGUGCUCUUUGUACAGUGUUGUUUGUGUAUCGAUAUAAAUAUUAUUAUUGUCA